GAUUUUUAUCAUUAUUACAAUGAUGAUGAUCCAAUCAAGCAUGACAAUGGAACGAAACGAAUGCCAUGCGUUUCGUUUCGUUUCGUUUUUUGGCAUUUUUCUUGACGUUUUUUUACCCGUUGAAGAAACUUGUUUUUUUGGUUGUUCUAAUAUCUCAUUGCACACACUUUUCUUUUCCAAUUCUUAUCAUCUUUCGGAAAUAUUUCUUUCGUUUGUUCAACAAAAUUUGGAUCGUUUUGUUCAAUAACUGAUCCAGUGAAUCCAGAAACAAAAAACAAUGUUGGAAUCAUUAACCAGGCCAUAUCAAUGGCUUAUGUCUAAAAGUGAUCCACGAACAUCUGAAUGGCCAUUACUUGGAUCACCAUUUCCAAUAUGGACAAUAAUAUUUUGUUAUAUUUAUGUGGUCAAACGUUUAGGACCACGUAUAAUGAAAAAUCGUCCACCGAUGCAAAUCAAAUCAAUAAUUAUUUUGUAUAAUAUCCUUAUGGUUUUACUAUCAGCCGGGUUUUUUUAUUAUGGUGGUCAAUUAACAUAUAUACCACCGGGUGGAAAUUUUAGUAUAAUAUGUGAACGUGUUGAUUAUCGUUAUACGGAUCGGAAUUUACAUUUAUUAAAUCUAUCAUGGUGGUUAAUGAUUUUGAAAAUGGUUGAAUUUCUUGAUACAAUAUUUUUUGUUUUACGAAAAAAAUCCAAACAAAUAUCAGCAUUACAUGUUACACAUCAUUCAUUAGUACCAUGGGGUAUAUGGAUCGGUUUGAAAUUUGGUGCAGGUGGUCAUAAUGCAUUCGUACCGUUAAUUAAUCUUUUUGUCCAUACCAUUAUGUAUAGUUAUUAUUGUUUGGCAGCAUUUGGCGAACGAUUACGACCAUAUCUUUGGUGGAAACGUUAUCUAACACAAUUACAAAUGUUACAAUUUGCCAUUGCUAUCGUUCAUUCACUGAUACCAUUGUGGAUUGAUUGUGGAUUUCAACCAUUUUUUGCUUAUGCAAUGAUUGCACAUGCCAUACUAUUUUGGAUUAUGUUUUAUAAUUUUUAUCAAAAAAAUUAUAAUCAAAAUAAUGAUACAACAUUAACAACAACAACAACAACCAUGUUGUCGUUCAGAAAUUGA